AUGUCGACAAUGGAUGUUUCGUGUCCCGUGGUAGUUGCUCUCAAUAUUUUUGAUCCAGUUUUAAAAGAUAUUUUUCUUAACAACUUAUUAACAAAUGAGGAGAAACUUUGCCUUGAGUGUAAGAGUUCUGGUAAAGAAACAUGCGAGCAUAACACGCCAAGUUGUGAUGAAGACCCAGAAUCGUCGUUAUGGUCAGAGAAUGAAACAGUGUUGUGUAAUUUUUUAAAUUAUAUUCUCCAUGAACACGAUUCCCGCACUUGUCAUUCAUCUCAAAUUAUAAAUCCUAUCGAAAGGGCUAAUAGUAUGUUGACAAUUGCGGAAUCGCGACUUGAAGGAGCACUUGGCGCUGAGGUCUUCAGUUGUUACGAUGAUUUUUUUGACUCAAAACGUGAACUGAGUCUUAUUAAAUCCUCCUUUCAUACCCUUAACUCGACAGGAUUAUCCUUUCAGUGUUCGAUUACCCAAUUAAAAGAUUAUUGGAAGACGUCUAUUCAUCCCAUUGACUCAAAUUUCAAAAUUCUUAGUUGUGUUAAUACUACUUUAAAAAUUUCAACGAGCUUAGCUCAAUUUCAAAUGUUUGUGGAAACACUGAAAAACCAUUGGAAUAGUCUUCUUCCUACUACUCAAGAUACCAUAGCUCCAACUGAAACGCUUGCUACUGUAACCUUCAUGGAUACCCUUAAUAUUGCCAGUGUUCAACACACGAUGAAUGCAUUGGUUAAAGAACUUCUUCAGUUGUGUUCUUCGUAUUUAAAUGAUGGCGAUGAACAUGAGUCCAUUCAACAAUUAAAAAUUGUUUUCCCACACUUAACAGAUGACCUUGGUGUUCUACAUUAUUAUAAUAAUGUUUUAAUUUCCAACGCAUCCGCACAGCUCUUAAAUGGAAUAGAAAACCUUAACAUCGAAGAAGUACGCCAAGGGAUACUGAUCUUUCUCUAUUACAAACAAGAUGUGUCCUUAGUUUCUUCCCAAUUUGUUUCAUUGUUUCUUCAAUGGAUUCACCAUAUACAAAGCGUUAUGUGCCAUCAUGACUUCUUUAAAGAAAUUUGUGAGAAAGCUUCUAGUGCAUCUUUCUAUAAUAAAGUGAUAUCUACUAAAGCACAAGAUAAAAAAAAUUCGAAACGCGACGAAUUGAAUUUUUUCAAUUUUUUCACUAGCACAUUAUCUGAUUUUGAGAAUAUUAUGACAAAAAUUUCAACACUUCAUGUGAUUUUUGAUAACACUUUGCAAACAUGUCGACCUGUAAAAUGGGGCAAGCGUUAUGACGCGAAGCUCUUUUACACAUCUUUGAUUCAAAACCUUCAAAAAUCUUUAGAUGUUCAUUGUGACGAUUAUUCUUCAGAAGGAAGUGACGUUACUGAAUUUGCAUGGAGUACACUCAUUUCAAUCAUGAAACAAAAGCUUCAAAAUCUUUUAAAUUCCGAAGUUAUACUUCAACUCGUUUUAGAUCGAUUCCCACUCUUGAUUGCUAGCUUGCUUACAACUGAAAAAAAUUUGCUUCAAGAUAUAAAGAAACGCAAAUGCGACUUAAAUUUAUCGCAACCACAAAAAAAUGUCCAACAAAAUUUUCCUUCGCUUCUCCGAAUUCUCGAUUUUGCUAUUGAUUCAUAUAUCAAUUUGAUAAAGCAAAAUUUACUACACCCCAUAUCAUUCAUGUUUCCUGACGCGUCAAGUAUCUCAAAUAAAUAUCUAGGACAUCCUCCAAAACCAAAUAUAAGCGUCUCAUUACCAACAACAUCUGAUAUCUCGGUUUUUGUUAAUGUUAUUGCUAAGGAAUUGCAAAAAGUUUAUCAUUGUCCAAUUCUCUUUAAAAAAGUUUUUCCUCUAGCAACUGACGUUUUGCAAAGGUUUAUAACUUGUUUGCAAAUGAAGUCUUUUUCUGAAGAUAUUUGCUUUUUAAUAACGGGUACCAAUGAGCAUAUUUUUCCUCGUGUAACAAGGCAAUUUGAGUUAAACGUGCGGCUUCAUAUUAUUGGUUAUAUAAUGUUACAACUACUGUCAAAAUCAUUUCGACUGGAAAUUUUCCCACGUUGUUUUCAUUUUUCAAUUAAAACGUUAAAAUUACAACUUUCAAAUAACUUUUACUCUGAAUUAAUUCCAAUCGUUCAGGAUAUCUAUCAUCAAAAUAAUCGUUUCGUAUCACAAGUAUAUACUCAAAUAACCCAUUAUGUGUGUGAAUCCAAUUUAGCAUUACUCAUUCCCAUGUUUUUACUUGCUCCAAAUCAAUAUAACCAUGAAGAUAUUAUGAAGCGAAUUGCUCGAGCCUUAAAUCACAUUCAAACCAAAUUUUGCGUUUCUAUUCCUAAGCCAACCCAUUACUCUUUGGGAUGUGUUGCAACUCAACAAAUUUUAUCUUACUUUUUAGCUAUAGCAUCCAAUAUAAAACCUUUAAAACCACACACAAUCCAAAUUUUAAUACAACUCGGAACAAAUUUAUUAAAAAUGCUUUCCGAAUGUUUUUGUAUAUCCUCUCGUCAUACAGAAAUUGUUCAAAUUCACUGGUUGCAAAAUUUCCUCGAUAUACUUAAACAAGAACUUCUAUUUGUCACUGUACCAGUUCCUCCCGAACCAUCCGCCUCCCAAAACUCCCCUCAUUUGAGCCACUUAAUAGAAGCAUCUAUUCAACAAUCACAACCUGAGGAUCAAAUAUUACGAGGAUUAGACACCAUGUUUCUUUUUCCUCCCAGUAUCGAAACGAAACAAGCUGAAAAAAAAGAGUAUUUUUUGCCUAAUUGGUUGUGGCUACCCCAUCUAAUUUCCUUGUUCCCUGAAACGGACGUAGAGAAUUUUUUAAAAUUUUCAAAUGAACAAAAUGGUAUUUCAAAAGAACCUUUAACGUACCAGAGAAUUGCAAGUUUAAUAUCCGACACACCAAUUGCGAUUAUAUCGCGACCGUGUGUUUACACACCCACGAAAUUUUUGUUCGAAGCGACAUGCUUUAUCAAUCUCAUGAAUACAUCAAGUCCUAUCCCGAAAGACACCACUUCACAAUCCGCACAUGUUUCACAAUAUAAACAAAAUAUAUUUUCAUAUAUCAAAAAGCAUAUGGUACAACUUCAUCAACCUCAUUUAAUUCGUGUAACACAAAAUUCAUGACAUAAAAAGCUAUCUCGACUUUUUUUUGCUUUGUUUACUUUUAAAAACGUAUGCGUAUUCACUAGAUCGACUCGGUACCGUUUUCAACUUUACAAACACUCAUAGGUUA